AUGGCUAACAGGAUCAUCGUGGAACCCCUGACAACAGAGGACAGUCUGGCACUAGACAACUUCGUGACUUUGGAUCCACGUGUACAGGAGGCCAGGGCUUGCAGGAAAGAUGUCGCGCGGGAGGAUGUCGCAAAAGAGGAUCCCGCACGCAGAAUAAAUGCACAGGCAGCAGAGCGGCGGCAGACAUUGCAGAACGGUUACACAGUCAGCACGGCAAUGGCGGUGAAACGGACACCGACAGAAAAGAGCGAGAAGCCGGCAGCAUCGACGAGCCGGCCGCGCGCGGACACAGCGGCAAUGCUGGAGAAGGUGCAACAAGGAGGCGAGGCGUUCUUCCCUUGGUGGGAGGUGGGGUCGUUUGCGCGCGAUGGGCACGGCAGACUUGCGACGGAGAACAACAAGAUGGUGAAGGCCUACAUCACGGAGCACUGGUACAACGACUGGUACCACAACACGUCGAUUGUGGUCGGGACGUGCUUUUUCGCGUGGCUGGCUGCGUACGUGGGGCUGUGCUGGUGGGCGUUGGGACUAGUGUUCUUCUGCACCGGGUCUGUGUAUCGGGCAGAGAUGCGGCGAUUCGCACGCAACACGCGGGACGACCUGGUGCGCGUGACGACGGCGGAGAACCUGGACCAGCGGCCGGAGACGACGGCGUGGCUGAACACGUUCCUGGCUAAGUUCUGGGUGAUCUACAUGCCGGUGCUCUCGCAGCAGGUGAAGGAGGCGGUGAACCCGCAGUUGGCGGGGACCGCGCCGGGCUACGGCAUUGACGCACUGACGUUGGACGAGUUCACGCUGGGAUCGAAGGCGCCGACGAUCGACGAAAUCCGGUCGUACCCCAAGAAGGGGGCGAACGUUGUGGAGAUGGACUGGAAGUUCUCGUUCACGCCGAACGAUGUGGCAGACAUGACGGCCAAGGAGGUGAAGAACAAGGUCAACCCGAAGAUUGCGCUUGGUGUGACCGUAGGGAAAGGCUUUGUGUCCAAGUCGCUGCCAAUCCUCGUUGAGGACAUCAACGUGGCCGGGCGGAUGCGGAUCACACUACUGUUUGGAGACACGUUUCCGAACAUUAAGACGGCGUCCAUUUCGUUCUUGGAGCCGCCAAUGAUUGACUUUGCGCUAAAGCCUGUUGGCGGCGACACGCUGGGCUUGGAUAUUAUGUCGUUCCUACCGGGGUUGAAGUCCUUCGUUAAGGGUAUAAUCGACUCGAAUUUGCGGCCUAUGCUCUACGCCCCUAACAAGAUGGACAUCGAUGUGGAAGAAAUUAUGGCUGCCCAAUCACAAGAUGCCAUUGGUGUUGUUGCGGUCACGCUAAAGUCUGCGCAGGGCCUCAAGAUGUCCGGUACUGUGAAUCCAUUCAUUGAGCUCACCACCGACAACGAGAUCGUGGGCAUUGAAAAGGAAGUUCGCUCCAAGGUCAUCAACGACUCGAAGGCGCCUAACUGGGAUGAGACAAAGUUUGUUUUGGUGAAUACGUUGCAACAGAAAUUGCAUUUGAAGUGCUUCCAUAUGGGCGGCUACCGCAAAUCGAACUUCAUUGGUGAAGCUGAGUUUGACCUCUCCGAGCUAUAUCAGCAAUCGGAGCAGGAGGGUCUGGUCUACGAACUAGAAAAUGGUGGUAAAUCGAAGGGUAUUUUGAAAUGCGACAUCCGUUGGUUCCCUGUUGCAUCCGCGGACAAAGACAAGGAGAAAGACAAGGAGAAACAGAAGGAAAAGUUAAAAGAGGACGGCAAAGAUUCGCAGGAAGAUGGCGAUACUACACUUGAGUCAGAUGAACCAUCGACGACAGAGAGCGAAGAGGACCUUCAAGCUAUCGAAUCGGGUAUUGUGAAAUUUGUUCUCCAUAAGGUGAAGUACUUGAGCACCAGCACUUCUAUUACCGGUUCCCUUUCUCCCUCUGCUGAAUUGUUCGUGGACUCGAAGAAGGUGAAGAGUUAUAGGACCCUUCGUCAUAUGAAUGAACCAUCGUGGGAGGAUCCGGUCGAGAUUUUGAUCCCAUCCAAGCGGACUACUGAAUUUACUUUGAAGAUUUAUGAUGAACGCUUUAGUGGCAAGGAACUAAUCUGUGAAUUUAGCGCACCUUUCGAAGAGUUGCUCAACAUAGCGAGUAGUGAUAGUGAGUAUCUCACUGGUUCUCCUCAGGGUGAAAUUUACUUCACCGCCGUUUGGAAGCCUGUCAAUCUUCCCGAGGGUACAAUGGAAACCACUCAGCAGAUGGUUUCUCCAUUGGGUGUGAUACGUAUGCAUAUUCGCGAAGCCUCUGUUCAGGGCGAGUUGGAGGGAGUCGGUGACAUCGAUCCAUACUUUGUCAUCUCUGCCGACAAGUCAGUCCUUUUCAGAUCUAAUUUCUUCUCGGACCAAAGCAACCCGAAGUUCAACAACCUUGUAUACGUUCCCAUCACCUCUCCGAACCAAACUGUCACUCUGGAUCUCUACGAUUACCAAAAAAUUGGAAAAGACCGUUUCAUUGGCAGCUGCCACUUCAAAGCUGCAAAUAUCAUGGAAAAAGAUCCGGGGACGGAUAAGUAUGUACCAUCAGGAUCAGCUGAUGAAGUUUUGGAGUGGGUGUUAUCUGACAAAUCGAAGAGAGCCACUAGAAGCAUCGUUACAGCAUCUGUGUCUUUCAUUCCUGCUGUUCCAGUAUAUGCACCAUAUGAACUGGCCAGGGUAGAGGAAUUAGAGAAGAAGGUUGCUGAGAAUGAGGAAAAGUUCGAGGCGGAGCAGGCUACGCUAAGAGAAGAAAUGGAAAAGAACCCUGCUGAAUACGAAGUGGUCGAAAUAGAAGUGGAUGAUAAGGCGACUGCCCGCUUGGGUCAGAAGGAAAAGAUGUCGUUCGAGAAACUUGUUUCUCAUAACUCAGGUGUGCUCUCUUUCCGUAUCCCUACCGGGAAAUUGACAAAGUCCGAUGCGUUCCUGCAAGUUUUGUUUGACGACUUUUCUUAUCCUGCCGCUACCUCCAGCAGAGCAAGGACUGGUACCGUGCUACCACUGCAUGGUGAGUUUUUCGUCCGUGACUUGAAGCAUAGUAUUAUUACGUUCAGAGUGGCUAAGAGGCAGAUCAUUAAGAACCCCGAUGAUAUUAUCUCUGAAUAUACCUUCCAGACUCUAAGCUUGUUGGAAAAAGGCUAUGAGCACCCAACUACAGUAGAUGUUAAAGGCUCUACUGUUGAUAUUUGCUUCAUGUACACUCCAAGCGCUGUGCCAAUGCCUAGUUCCGAAAGCGUUCUGGACACCGGUUUCCUGGAACUUCAGGUUGUCUCAGCAGAGGAUGUCCCAUCUCAUGACAGAAAUGGUUUGUCCGAUCCUUUUACCAUUAUCAAAGUGGAUGGUACGAAGAUUUUCAAGAGUGAAGUGAUUAAGAAGACACUGACACCUGUUUGGAAUGCAAGAACGAAUAUCCCAAUACCCUCGCGCACGAGAAGUAAAGUGGAUAUAGAAGUUUAUGACUGGGAUAGAAGCGGGUCCAAUGAUAUACUAUCGAAGUGCUCUCUACCCCUUGAAGAACUUGUUCCAAAUCAAGAGAAGGCAUUUAGCCUCAAGUUACGCCCUCAGGGUAUCAUUCACUUAAAGGGCAGGUUUGUUCCGGAAUACAUACGGCCGGCAGUUAACGUGGGUGAAGGCGGUUUUGCUUCCAUGCCUUUCAAGGCUGUGGGUACCGUGGCCAACAUUGGAAAGGGUGUCGCAGGAGUUGGUGUCGGAGCUGCAGUAAAUGUGGCAAGCUUUGGUGUUGGUACAGCUGUCAACGUCGCAGACUUCGGAAUUGGUGGCUUACAAAAGGGAGGCCGGCUUCUUAAAGGUAUUGGUGGUUUCGGAUCUUCCACUCCCAAGCAAGAUCACAGCUCAAAAUCAGGAGCGGAAAAGCAGCCGGCCCCCAAUGCCAUACCUAACAACAGCUAUGUCCCCGUCGAGAGGCAGCAUACAGUUCUCCCCAACUCAAGCGGUACCGCAAAUGAAGCGUCCGGCGAGCCUAACAAACAAAAGCUCAGUGACACUACUCGAGACACUGCUAACGAAACAGCCGCCGACGACGCGUGCAGCAUCGGCGGGGCCCCUGGGCCUAUCCCUAGACGCCAGCUCUCUCAAGCCAGCGUCUUCACCCGCUCUUUGGCCCCGAACAGCAUCUACUCUGGCACUGUCACGUUAGUGUCCGCGGAGAAUCUUGGUAAGACAGUGCAGUUACGCAUAUCGUUGACUAAGGAUGGCAAACUGAAGCAUCUCUACCGCACCGAAAAACAGAAAGCCGAUGUCAACGGCGUCUGCACCUUCCAAGAAACCUGUGACUUCCAAGCGCCCCCAGAGGCCAGUCUAAUUUUCGGAGCUGUGGCGCACCACACCUUCAGCAAGGACACAAACCUCGGCAUCGCGCAGGUGGCCCUAAACGACUCUCAGAUCAGGCAGGACGGCCAAAUAUUGAUUAAACUCGGACCAGGGCAUCUCAUUUUCAAGCUUUCCUAUGGUAAAGAUGUUCCUCCCGUUCCUGUUAUCCCAACGGCAUACCAGGAGAACUAA